AUGUACUCCCUCAUUUCAAGUGAUGUAUCUACUGUCGUUUUGACCGCGACCGCGUCGAAGGCCACAAAGAAAGACAUAUUUAAAACUCUCAAUUUGAGUCAGGUAACCUUUGUUAUUGAGCGAAGUCCUGAAAGACCGAAUAUUCGUGUCGGGACGCAGUACUUGGACAAAAAUCUACCUCUGUCAGCAGUAUUUGAGUCUGUCGUCGAAGAGCUGAGAAAUGAAAGAUGUAAUUUUGAAAGGACAAUAAUUUUUUGCCAAACCCGAAAACAGUGCGCUCUAGUUUACAGAACCUUUGUUGACUCGCUUUCUGAUGAUUUGUAUGUAAAUAGAAAACCAGAUGCAAGGCAGCGAAUGGUGGAAAUGUUCCAUGCUGGUACUCAUAAACGGUGAGAGCCGACUGACUCAGUUAAGAAACAUGUUUUAGAUAAUUUCUCCCAGUCAGUGGGUCACAUCAGAGUUCUUGCUUGUACAGUGGCGUUUGGUAUGGAAAUCAACUGUAAAGGGGUGCAUCGUAUCAUUCACUUCGGACCGUCUAAAAAUUUGGAGUGUUACGUUCAAGAAUGUGGACGGACAGGCCGAGAUGGUGAGCCUAGCAAGUGUGUUCUUUUUCACAAUGGUUUAAUGGCUGCACAUUGUUCUGAUGAUGUGAAGAGCUACAUUGAAAAUGACAAGGAGUGCAAGAGAAAGUUAAUGUACCAAAAUUUUCCAGGCAAUUUUACUUCUGCUGUUACUGGACAUGACUGUUGUGACUUUUGUGCAAGUAGUUGUACCUGUGAAGAGAGUGACUGUGUUGUUAAAACAAAGUUGAAUGUUGGAGAAAAUCCUGAAUCCAAUACUGUGGUCCCUCAGCCUGUAAGAAAUGUGAGCAGAGAGCAGAGGGAAUCUUUGAAUGUUAAGCUGGAAACAUAUAUGAAAAAGUUGGUUUCUGAAAAUACCUCUGGGCCUAUUGUGGCUACCACCAUCCUACAAGAAUUUACUUGUUUCCACAUUAAUCAAGUUCUGAACCACUGUGACAAGUUGAAAACUUUAAGUAAU